UAGCCGUUGUUGUUUCUCUUAUUUAUACAUGUCAUAUUUCAUUCAUCUCAACAUUCAAGAGUUGUUUUGUCCUCUCAUAUUGUCUUCCUCCUAUCCAAUUACACUGAUAGUUUCUCAUUGUGUCAUAGAAUGGAUCCAAACAAUAUGGCCAACUUGGACAUUUACGACGUUGUCAUUAACGAACUUAUCAAUGACACGACUAUAGAAGAUAUGAUGCAGGAGGAGAUGGAGUUUUAUCAACGACGUGCCAACACCGUUAGGCCCAAGCGAACAAGAAAGGUGAUAGAGAGAGAUCGUGAAGCUGGGAACGAGCGGUUGUGGAAUGACUACUUCUCCGAAAAUCCUGUGUACACGGAAGAGCUUUUCCGACAAAGGUUUCGAAUGCGAAAGCAUGUGUUCCUCAGAAUUGUAGGGGCCCUUGGGUCUCAUGACCCGUACUUUUUAAUGUCUGUCGAUGCAGUUGGAAGACAAGGCCUGUCACCAUUACAAAAGUGCACCGCCGCUAUUCGUAUGUUGGCGUACGGAUCACCUGCUGACAGUGUUGACGAGUACGUUCGAAUUGGUGAAAGUACUGCAAUUGAGUGCUUAAAGAAUUUUGUGGAAGGUGUGUGUGCAGUAUUUGGUGAAACAUACUUGAGGCGCCCGAACCAGGAAGACAUUACCCGCUUACUUCAAUGGGGCGAGUCUCGUGGAUUUCCAGGUUCUAACAAUGACAUUAAUGUGCUAAAUCAAUCUCCGGUUUUUAAUGAGGUUUUGAGUGGAAAUGCUCCCAUGGUGAACUUUAGCGUGAAUGGAACAAUGUAUAACAUGGGAUACUAUCUAGCAGACGGUAUCUAUCUCCCGUGGGCUACAUUUGUGAAGACCAUCCCAAUGCCGCAAGGAGAAAAAAGGCAAAAAUUUGCGAAAAGACAAGAAGGAGCAAGAAAGGACGUUGAACGUGCAUUCGGCAUUCUCCAAUCUCGGUUUGCAAUAGUUCAUGGUUCAUCACGCUUUUGGCAUCCGAAUGAGAUGAAGUCAAUAAUGUAUGCUUGCAUCAUAUUGCACAACAUGAUUGUUGAAGAUGAGCGCAACACGUACCGAGGUAAUUUUGUUUAUGAUCAGGUCAAUAAUGACAUAUUGGAUGCUGAAGUAGUAAGUGGUCCUAUUCCCCCUUUUAGAAAUAUCUUGGAAAGAAGAGCACAUCAAAUUGAUAGGUCAAUUCAUCACCAGCUUCAAGCAGACUUGGUGGAGCAUAUUUGGCAGCUUCCCGAAAACGAGAAUAAUGAAAAUUAACCUUCAAGUGUUAUUAUGUAUUUCAUUUCAAAUGUAUUGUUGCUUAUUUUUCAUUGUCAUGUAUUUUCUUUCGUCUUUAUUUCUAUCAUUCAAUAAAAUUGUUUUUGCUAGAAAAAACACAAUGUACUUUUUUAUUUUUGUUUCAAGUUAACAUGCCGAUAUUUAAAUUUAAUUGUUUUAAAUAUUA